AUGAGCCAAGCCUCUCAAGAGAUAUCAAGCACCAAGACAGUAGAAGUGAUCCAACACCUGCACCACUACCUUAAGGCUGGCAAGUUAGUCCGUGGCGCUUUCACCAGAACUGGUGAAGAGGUCAUCCCGUACAUCCUCGCUGCCUUUGAUGAGUUGAGCAAUGGGAAACUCGAGAGCGUCUUUCUCACCGUCCAAGCGGUGAUGCGGCUGGUACUCGAGCAUGGUGGGAACAACUACGUCAUGCCUCACCUAAAGAAGGCGGCUAUGCGCCGUGCCAGUCUUCUGAUGUCGAACGUGUCCUGCCCUGUCUCGCUUCUGUUGUAG